ACAUAGCCGAUGAUGAGGAUGAAAAUGUUAGUAUCAAAGAGGAUAUAGAAUGGCAUAUUUCUUCUCCCGAAUCAGGAGAAAAUGAAGAAUGGUUUGAAGAGGAAUUGUCUCGACAAUACUCUAAUACU